UCGAAAGCUUACUUUUCUUCGCAGCUCGGUUGGCCAAGUACUUGCUCACAAAUCCAACAAUCUUCGCCACACGUCGCCACCGGUUUUCGAGGCGGUAAAUUCGCGCUUAGCUCUACCAAAAGGUUUUUCCCUGAAAACGAAUUGCAGUCUAGUUUCAGUGCCGAUGAGGCAAACUUACCUCCAACCCUAUGCUCAACGAUACUACUAUAUACCGUUUUACUCAGCCUCGACCGUUUUAGGCGAUUUAAAGGCGGACGCUCGUGUAAUCCUCGUGAAUGGGAGUGUAGUAGAGAGAAGAGGAAAGAGGCGUUAACAACAGCUUGGCCCAUUUCGGAUGAGAAGAUUGGCAGGCCGAACGAGACAAACUCGGCCAAAAGUUCGUGUGUUGCGCACCGCGACUGCUGCUAUUUUCUCGCCUGCCUCGCGGAUUCAGGCCACUCCAGUUAA